GGGUUUGUGCACGUGGGCGGCUAUUCGCCUCUUCAGUUCAGCUCCGGCUUCUCCUGCGCCCCCUGCCUGUCUAAGUAUGUAAUGCGGCUGAUUAAUUCGCUGGGAUAUUAACUAAAUAAAGCAGGCGGGGACCAAUGUCCUGUAACGGGGCUUGUCCCAGCUCAGCUUCAGGUACACUACGUGCUAUAAUCCAGGCUCCAUGGCAAGCCACACCCCCUGUCACCAUGGCAACGUCCAAGCCGGCCGGCUCCAGACAUUCUGAGCCGAGCACUCGGGCGCGUGGCGGAAGUGACGCACCCCCCAAGCAAGGGAACCCGGAAGUAGAGGGAAUCCUGUCACUGGCCGUUAAGGAAGUCCCCCCAGCGGCACCGGAGCCAUGAAGCGGGACGUGCGGAUCCUCCUGCUGGGGGAGGCCCAGGUGGGGAAGACAUCUCUGAUUAUGGCUCUGGUGGGAGAAGAGUUCCCUGAUGAAGUUCCAUGUCGUGCGGAAGAAAUUACCAUUCCUGCUGAUGUGACCCCAGAGCGAGUCCCUACACACAUCGUUGAUUACUCAGAAGUAGAACAGACAGAGGAUGAACUCAGGGAAGAGAUUGCAAAGGCAAACGUUGUGUGUAUUGUGUAUGAUGUCUCGGAUUUAGAAACCAUUGAAAAGAUUGCUUCAAAAUGGAUUCCCAUGGUGAACGACAAAGCAGAACGAAACUCCCGGCUUCCCAUAAUCCUAGUGGGGAACAAAUCAGACCUUCAGUGUGGCAGCUCCAUGGAAUCCAUUCUCCCUAUCAUGAACCAGUUCUCUGAGAUUGAGACUUGCGUGGAGUGUUCAGCCAAGAACCUAAAGAAUAUUUCUGAGGUUUUCUACUAUGCUCAGAAGGCAGUAUUGCACCCAACAGCCCCGCUGUAUGACCCGGAAGAGAAGCAGCUGAGACCACAGUGCAAAAAGGCCUUAACUCGAAUCUUCACCAUCUCUGACCAGGACAACAAUCAAAUCCUCAGCGAUGAAGAGCUCAACUUCUUCCAGCAGUCGAGCUUUGGGAACCCUUUAGCUCCUCAAGCACUGGAAGAUGUGAAGAUGGUGGUAAAGAAGAACACAGCAGACGGAGUACGAGAGAAUGGACUGACGUUGAAUGGCUUCUUAUUCCUCAACACUCUCUUCAUCCAGCGCGGCCGCCAUGAGACCACAUGGACCAUCUUGAGACGUUUCGGAUAUGACGAUUCACUGGAACUAACAGAUGACUACCUCUACCCACCGUUGCGCAUUCCUCAUGAUUCUUCCACAGAACUCAACCACUUCGGCUACCAGUUCUUGCAGAAGGCUUUCGAGAAACACGAUCUGGAUGGAGACGGUGCUCUCAGCCCCUCAGAGCUGCAGAGUUUCUUCAGUGUCUUCCCAUACACUCCCUGGGGUCCCGAAUUACCCAGCACAGUUUGCACUUCAGAAGGGGGCAACUACUUGCCCUUGCACGGAUACCUCUGCCAGUGGACGUUGGUGGCUUAUUUAGAUGUGCAUCGGUGUCUGGAACAUCUGGGUUACUUGGGUUACCCAAUCCUGUGUGAGCAGGACAGCCAGACGCACGCCAUCACAGUGAUGAGAGAGAAGAGUAUAGACUUGGAGAAGGGGCAGACGCAGAGAAACGUUUUCCUGUGCAGAGUCAUCGGUCCUUGUGGGACGGGCAAGUCGGCCUUUUUACGAGCCUUUCUGGGGCAGAGUCUGGAGGAGCAGCGGCAGAGCAACAAGCCGCCCUCGUUCUACUCCGUGAAUACAGUGUUGGUCGGUGGCCAAGAGAAGUAUCUCAUUCUGUAUGAAGUGGACGUGGACACUGAGUUCUUGAAGACUUCCGACUCUCCCUGUGACGUGGCCUGUUUAAUGUACGACGUCUCUGACUCCAAGUCCUUCAACUACUGUGCCAGCAUCUACAAGCAGCACUAUAUGGACAGCCAGACCCCGUGCCUGUUUGUGGGCUGCAAGUAUGACCAGGGAGAGGUGAAACAGCAGCACGGCAUUUCCCCCGUAGAAUUCUGCCACAAGCACCGACUGCCGCCUCCCUACCAUUUUACCUGCCAGGGCCCCCCGGACAGAAGCAUCUUCAGCAAACUCGCCUCUGCCGCUGCUUUUCCACAUGUACAUGACACAGAGCUCAGCGCCGCCUCCUUUUGGUUGCGAGUGGCAUUGGGUGCGACCGUCGCUGCCGUCGUGGGAUUCACCCUCUACAAGUCUCUCCUGAGAAGCAAAUAAUCUCCCAGACUUCCACUUAUUCACCAAUCAAGAUAAAGCUGCCCUAGAAACACUCUCCGCCUCUCUCCUUCCUCCGUUGCUAAUCACCGGGAGGGGCUGAAGAGAACACAAGGGGCCAUUUCUACUUCCGACAGUAACAGGCUUCCGCCUCCUUCAUUCUAACCCCAUUCCCUUCUAAUAGACUAAAGGGACCACAGUUGUCAUCUCAACUAAUUGUAACUGCUCUGCUUCCCUUUCAGCUGAUGAGACCGAUGGAAACCUUUUUACACUCAUUUGUAUCUGCCUUAUUCCCUUCUCCCAGCAGAGCUGCCCCAAAUAACACCAAAGUGAAUUAACUGCACUGACGCUGAUGUUUAGAUGAGGCUUUUGUAUCCUCUGACCUAUGUUUGUCCCGACUCCUCCUGAACCAACAUUUCCCCAAACCGAUCAUGUGAAAAGAAUGUUAAUCUUUUAAUCUGUUCAUAUAUAACUUACACACCUAUCCCUCCUUCUCCCUCUUCCUCUGUCCCUCUCCAUCCCUUUCUCUCCCUCCUUCUCUCUCAUUCCCUCUCUCGCCCCCGUCCCGCUCUCUCUCCCUCCCUCUCUUCCUCUCUCCUC